GGCCCCUUUUACUGAGGAGGGAAGGCGGGAGGAUAAAACUCCCAUCUUCGUGAGUUUGACCACAUAGAAACAAUCAGACAGAGAAAUAUGUUGGUUGUGGAUUUGUUCUUCUGUGGAGCCGUGAUGCUUUGCUGGACCAGGCUCUGCGUGUCCCUGAUCCCACCCUACAACCCCACAACAACAGGAGAUCAUCCCACAACAACUGCAGAGUCAGGAGACAAUCUGAAAAUAAAGCAUGCAGCUCACACCUCAAUGGCCUCCACAGUUUCUUAUCACUCCCCUCACCUUCCACCCUGCUUUGUGGAUGAUAUAUUUGCAGCGUUGCGUGAAGGUGUCGGGGAAAGCGAGCUCACAAACCGCACCCUGACCCUGUUUGGAAUCUGCCGAGAAUCUGACAACACGUCAGCUUUAGUGUUGUUGGAGCUCAUGAAAAGAAACCAGGGAAAUGGACUGGAAGUUUUGCAACUGUCUGAAGGACUUUUGUCAGAGGGAGAUGAGAGUCAAGCAUUCGAGUUGACAUUUGACCUCCCACACUCUCAGAUGCUGAAGCGGAACCCUGUAUUGCUCUUAGCUUUCAAAAGACCCUUCACAGAAGAAAACCUGGACAUUACUUUCACAAGCCGUGCACUGCAUCCUCACACACAGCCUGUGUGCAUUUCAGGAGAAACACAAUACAUAAUGCUGGCAGGAAAAGAAUCCAAGGGCAAAGUCCACCACAAAUGGAGGGUUUCUGCCGUGCCAAAUGCCCCUGAUAUGAAGCAACAAAUGAAAGAUUUUCUCAACGGACUAAAAUCAGGAAGUAACAUCAGCAUGACUCCGCUUCUGCUUUUCUCAGGAGAAAGAGGAACUGAUACAAGAUAUUCACACUUUUCAGGUACAUCCACAACAUCCCUCUUCCUCUGUGAGAUGCGGCGGUUUCUGAGUGACAUCCUACCCCAGAGCCAUCCCUCCCAUCCACUCCAGCUGGACUCCCUACAGUCCCUGCCCCCCCUGACACUCGGCCUGUCCUCCAGUGAGACCCUGCUGGCAGCGCUGAUUAACUCCUCUGCCCUUACUGUUUUCUCUUACUCCAGCUGGAGCUCCAGGUUUCAGGUGCGUCCCAAAGAGCUGUCCAUGUCUCCUGCCCUUCUGGAGGAGGUCAGGCAGAGGUUGGAGCAGACGGUGGAGCAGAUAUCAGCAGUGAUAAGGGAGGAGGAUGUGGGUCAGAGAGCUGCAGAGAGGCUGGAAAGACUCAAAGAACUCAGUGUGUUUCCAAAGAAGGAACCAGCAGCAGGAGAAAGCCAGUACUGUGCAUUUCUUUUGCUGAAGGCCUUACAGACGGUGGCUCGUGCACUUGAAGUGGAGAAAAGGCUGCGAGCUGCCAGGGCUGGUAACUCGAUGGGUGGCUCCGUCUGUGCGCUGAGGAGCCUCACUGUGUCCCUUGAAAGGACUCUUGUUGGUCCAAACACUGCAAACAUCAACAACUGCCAUGGCUCCUGUGCUUUUCCCCUCGUCAACACCAACAACCACGCCGUCCUGCUAAACUUUCACAUUGAGAGUGGGAAUGUGGAGGAGCGGGCACCAUGCUGUGUGCCUGUGGCUUAUGAACAUCUGGAGGUGGUAGACCUGAACCAACAUGGGACUUACCUGUCCAUCAAGCCAGAUGUGGUAGCAAAAGAGUGUGGCUGUCGCUAAAGCAGCUU